GAAGAAGAGAGCAUUAGUAACUUUCCAGCAUUAAAAAAUGUUGGUCGCUUGCCUAAGGAUGGAGUUCUUGGAACUGCAAGUGCUCCUAUUCACAUGGUAACAGCAGAUACUAGUAGUUUUAAAGAACAAUUGUGGCGGACUGUCCGGAUAGUUGUCUUGGGAUUCCUUGUAAUAUCUGGUGUUGGAGCACUGAUUGAGGAUAGGGGAAUUAGUAAAGGUCAAGGGCUUGGACUAAAUGAAGAGGUACAACCAAGUAUGGAUUCUAGCACAAAAUUUAAUGAUGUAAAAGGUGUUGAUGAGGCUAAAGCUGAAUUAGAGGAAAUUGUGCAUUACCUUCGUGAUCCCAAGCGUUUCACCCGUCUAGGUGGCAAACUUCCGAAAGGUGUCUUGCUUGUUGGCCCCCCAGGUACAGGUAAGACCAUGUUGGCACGAGCCAUUGCUGGAGAAGCUGCUGUGCCCUUCUUCUCAUGCAGUGGCAGUGAGUUCGAAGAGAUGUUUGUGGGUGUUGGAGCAAGAAGGGUGAGGGAUCUUUUCACUGCAGCAAAGAAACGAUCCCCAUGUAUAAUCUUCAUUGAUGAAAUUGAUGCAAUUGGCGGCAGCCGCAAUCCCAAAGACCAACAGUAUAUGAAGAUGACCUUGAAUCAGUUGCUUGUUGAGCUGGAUGGCUUUAAGCAGAACGAAGGCAUUAUUGUGAUUGCUGCAACAAAUUUCCCAGAGUCAUUGGACAAAGCACUUGUGAGACCUGGACGCUUUGAUCGUCAUAUUGUCGUUCCUAAUCCUGAUGUUGAAGGCCGCCGGCAGAUUAUGGAGUCUCACAUGUCUAAGGUAUUGAAGGCAGACGAUGUCGAUCUGAUGAUCAUUGCCAGAGGAACUCCAGGUUUCUCAGGUGCAGACCUCGCAAACCUGGUUAACAUUGCUGCUCUCAAAGCUGCUAUGGAUGGGGCAAAAGCUGUGAGCAUGGCUGAUCUAGAAUAUGCAAAAGACAAAAUAAUGAUGGGCAGUGAGCGCAAAUCAGCUGUAAUUUCAGAGGAAUCAAGGAGACUGACCGCAUACCAUGAAGGUGGUCAUGCUCUUGUUGCGAUACACACUGAUGGCGCUCUCCCCGUCCACAAGGCCACUAUUGUCCCUCGGGGGAUGUCCCUGGGCAUGGUUGCCCAGCUCCCAGACAAGGAUGAGACCAGCAUUUCAAGGAGGCAAAUGCUUGCAAGGCUGGAUGUGUGCAUGGGAGGCCGUGUUGCUGAAGAGCUCAUCUUCGGUGAGAACGAAGUGACAUCCGGUGCUUCAUCUGACAUCCAGCAAGCAACUACCCUAGCAAGGGCAAUGGUGACGAAAUACGGAAUGAGCAAGGAGGUCGGUAUUGUCUCCCACAACUACGAUGACAACGGAAAAAGCAUGAGCACUGAAACCAGGCUUCAAAUCGAGAAGGAAGUGAGGGAGUUCUUGGAAAAAGCAUACAACAACUCAAGAACAAUCCUCACAACACACAAUAAAGAGUUGCAUGCGCUUGCUAAUGCGCUGCUCGAGCACGAGACUCUCACAGGUGCCCAAAUCAGGAAUUUGCUCGCACAGGUGAGUAAUAAUCAGCAGCAGCAGCAGCAGCAGCCGGCAGUGGCAACAGCACCUCAAACAACCACUCCAAUGCCACCCUCUGCAGCAGCAUCAGCUGCGGCAGCAGCCGCAGCUGCCGCGGCCUCAGCAGCUGCCAAAGCGAAAGGAGUUGCACAACCGGUUGUUGGUUCUUAACACAUCGACAAAACAUUAUAUGAUAUCAAUUCAUGUAUAGUUGUGACUUCUGCAGCAUUCUGACCAUAUCCUGAAACGAAGUCAAUUGUGCUAAUUUGCUGCCAUUUUGAUUCCUGUUGUGUAAACUGGACAUAUGCUUAUGUUCUGCGGCAUGCUUGUAUGGGAACUCAUCGAAAUAUAAAGCCAUGGCAGGCUGAAAAACUAUCUCGAGUUUUGAAAUUA